GGAGCCUUUGCAUUCCUCUCAUUCCGGCCCGGAACAAUCGGCCUCAGUUAUUCACCGUGCCGCGCAGCUCGGAGCGCAGUCUGGCCCCGGCGCGCACACAUCGCGCAUGGAGGAGAGGAACCUGUGGACUUUGUUGAAUUUAUGAGCAGAAAACUGAAAGACUACAGCACCCUAAACUGAUUCCUGCGGGAUGAGACUAUCGCUCGAUUUGUGAUUUGAGACCGUCACCUCCAACUCCAGACAGUUUUCUGCUAAUUUCCCACGGACUGAGAUGAGAACUGCUGAAAGCUCCUGUGGAACGGUCCUGCACCGACUGAUCCAGGAGCAGCUGCGCUACGGGAAUCUGACGGACACGCGCACGCUCCUGGCCAUCCAGCAGCAGGCCCUGCGGGGGGGCAGCAGCAGCGGCGGGGGGGGCCACGGCAGUCCCCGCUCCUCUCUGGAAAGCCUGACAAAGGAGGAGACCCAGUACAUCCAGAUGUCCACGCGACAGGAUCCUCAGGGCCAGGAGCACCAGGGGGACCUCCUGCAUUCUGAGAGCCAGGGGUGCCAUCUGUACCAGCUGCACGGAGAGGAGCUGCCCACAUAUGAGGAGGCCAAGGCACACUCCCAGUACCUGACCUCCCAGAAGGGGCAGGCCGAGCAGGACUUGAACAUAAUGGGGGGUCACAGUGAGGCUCAGUGGGACCUGAAGAGGGAGCACGCUCGCUCCCUCAGUGAGAGGCUCAUGCAGCUCUCUCUGGAGAGGAGUGCUCCUCAGCAGAGCCUGGGGUCUGCCCACAGCUAUCCACAGCUGUAUAAUAUUACAAACACUGUGGCAGCUGACAGGCCAGGGGCCCAAAAGUAUGCAGAUCAGCGUGGGCCCCCCCCGGACUACCCUCUGUUUGCUAGGAUUCCUGGAUACAUGCUCAGCCACUCACAGGAGCACGGACAGUUCUACAGAGAGCCGCCUCCACCCUUCUACUCUCAGCAUCACAGCUUUGUGUCUGCUCAGUCACAGGUGGCUCACAGCCCCCCCGCAGCCCCCGGCCAGAACUUGUCUCAGACCCAGAUGUUGAUGCAAGAGAACGAGCGGCUCAGGAAGGAGCUGGAGGUCUAUAGUGAGAAGGCCUCCCGGCUGCAGAAGUUGGAGUUGGAGAUUCAAAGGAUAUCAGAAGCAUACGAGACCCUAAUGAAAGGCUCUGCCAAGCGGGAGGCUCUGGAGAAAACAUUGAGGAAUAAACUGGAGGCUGAGAUUAAGAGGAUGCACGACUUUAACAGAGACCUGAGAGACCAGCUUGAUUCAGCUAUCAAACAGCGGUCAGCUAAGGAGGCCGAGUGUUCAGACCAGAGGCAUCAUGUCUUUGUUAAACUGCUUGAGCAAAAUGAAGAGCAGCAGCGGGAGCGGGAGCAGCUGGAAAGGCAGGUACAGCACCUGCGUGUCUCCGGGGAGGAGUGCCAGCAGAGGGGGGAGCUGCUGGAGCAGGCUCUGCUCUCCACACAGGCCCGCAACCGGCAGCUGGUGGAGGAGCUGCAGAGGAAGAGAGCAUAUGUGGAGAAGGUGGAGCGGCUGCAGGGGGCGCUGUCCCAGCUGCAGGCCGCCUGCGAGAAGAGAGAGGCGCUGGAGCUGCGGUUGCGCAAGCGGCUGGAGCAGGAGCUGAAGAGCCUGAGGGCCCACCAGUCUCAUAGACAGGCCGCUGACCCCAUGUCUUCAGAGCCCAGCUCCUCCAUGCUGCAGCAGCAGCUGAGGGAGCGGGAGGAGCGGGUCCUGGCCCUGGAGGCAGACCUCACCAGGUGGGAGCAGAAGUACCUGGAGGAGAGCACCAUGAGGCAGUUUGCCAUGGAUGCAGCUGCCACUGCUGCUGCACAAAGAGAUACAAACCUCAUCAAACAUUCUCCACGACAGUCACCAAACAGCAGUUUUAAUGAAGACCUGCCUUCAUCUAGUCACAGACAUCAGGAGAUGGAGAACAGGAUCCGUGCACUUCAUGCUCAGCUCCUGGAGAAGGACGCUGUGAUCAAAGUCAUUCAGCAGCGCUCCAGGUGGGAGCAAGGCCAGCUGGAGAGACAGGGGCUACGUCUCACCAGGUCUGUCCCCUCCAUCAACAAUUUGACCAGUAGCACGGAGAGUAAAGGAAAGAGCCUCUCAGAUGACCAGACAGGUGCUGCUGCGCUGAGACUCCAGCCCUGGAUGGGGGGGCCGGCCAGGGCCCCCAGCAGGGACUGCAGCACCCAGAGUGAAGAGGCCUCUCUGGAGCCGGAGCCCACUGAAGUGAUCUCAGCAGCUUCAUCUGUAGAGACCACAGAGAAGCUACUCAAGACAUGUGAGAGGAUCAGCAGCUCCGAUGCAGAGGUGGUUGAAAUCCUCAUUUGAGGACCAUUACAGAUGAUAUGAACAGUGCCAGCCAGUGAUGACAGAGACCUCAAGCCUGAGGUUUUAAAGACCUUCCUUUACAUCUGAACACACAUAAAGGAAGGCUGAUGGUCUGAUAAUGAUCUGAAGAGUUCACCAGCAGCAUGUGCUGCAGUUUGGAGAGGAGAGCUUUCCUCCAGCUGCACAGUUCACAAACUGACAUUUGCCUGAAGAGAAAUAAUUCUCCAAGCUACCUGGACAGUAUUGUGCACUGUGAUAGGAACCUGGCUGCUGAUGCGAAUAUUCAGUUGUUGUGCGUUUUCAUUUUUGUAGUAAUGUAUUGUAUUUAUGUUUGUUAAUGCUGCUCAUAUUGUGAUGUGACGUUUCUUGCCCUGCUCCCCUUAAGUUAUAUACAUUUCUCUGGAUAAUUUAUUUAGUUUAUGUUUGAAUGUCCAGUAGCGAGCCUGCCCUCUUAAAGUAAUGGAUAUAUUAAUAUUACAAGCAUCCUCUAUUUCUUCAUGCCAUUUUUGGGGAUUAUUCUGUUUAACAUAACCUAAAUUAACAGUUAAAAAUAAAUUUGUGGCCUGCUCACACCUCAGAAGAAGAUUUAGAAACUUUGAAUACGAAGCCUGCAGGACGUCUGCUCACUACUCUCUUAAAAAAGCCUGUGAGGAUUGACAGUGUUUCACGGGGGUCUAAUUUUCCGGAUCCUGGGUUAAUGUUCAGGGGCCUCAGAUGGCGACUGCCCACCAUUUUGCUUCCCUCCGCUGAUAUGCUGGAGCUAAUCUACUCACAUUCCCUAGCUGACGGAAUGCUCCCUUUAAAGAAAAAGUCUAUCUAAAGUCUGACCCCUCACCCUUGUUAAAAUGGCAAACAUUCUCCACAUGAUUCUCUUUCUGGGGCUGGUUAUUUAUUCUGAGUGCUGGUAGCUGGAUCUACCAUGAGCAUAGAAAUGUUCAACUAUAAUUGGCCUGUAUCUGCUACUCUAUUUGUUGUCUCCAUCCCUGUGUUAUAUUCAGCUGUGUUGUCUCCAGCGCAAGUAUCUCACAUUUCUGAGUGUACAGGACUAUAUCCCUAACAUGGAAUCUUCUAUUUAUUUCUCCCUGCGUGGUGUAGGAUCACUGAACACUGCUAAUAAUAAAUUAAUAAUAAUACAUUUAAUUUAUAUAGCGCUUCUCAUCUGCCAAGACAAAUCUCGAAGCGCUGAAUGUAGAAUCCUGUUUCCAGCACUGUGUUCCUUCAAUUCAAUUGGAUUGUGCCACAACUUUGAUUGAUCUACUCUUUCAAGGAGAAUACUGCUAAGUUAAUAUAUUACCCCACAUUUUUCCAUGGCAGAAUUUCUAGGUUUAUUUAUUAUAAAUAUUGUGCCGCAAAUUGCAUGAGAAAUCUCACAUUUUGACUGUUAUUCCCCUUCAAGCUGUUCACCAUACUUCCCGACACAAUGCGUUUGCUGGUCAUUGCAGCGUGUCAGUUCAUGCCUUUCACUCUUUUUGGAAUGUGUUUACAUGAUUGUGAAGUGAGAGAACUUAAUAUAUUUUGUAGCUUUUUGUCAUUUGUAUACUUUUUUUUUGUGUGUUUUUGGUGCCAAAGAUGUACUCUACCUUUAAGUUAUCAUCAUGACAAACACAAAAGGUCCUGUUUAGGUGCCUUGCUUCAGCUGGUUGACCCAUUUUGAUGUUGCUGUGAACUUUUGUAAAGGAAACAUUUGUAUGUAUGCCUUAAAAUGUCACUAUAUAUAGAUUACAAUUCUUAAUAUAUGUCUGAUAAAAUGCUCUUGGUUUUGAUUUGUUGCCCUGGUUUGAUACAAUAUAGUCAUGGGAUCAAGUAAAAAAAAACCUACUGAAUGCCUUAAGUGUGUCAGAUAGUAAUAUUUGAAGACUGAUUCCUCUUGGUUUAUUCAAUAGGACUAGUGCGCUCUGGUCCAUCUUUAUCAAUAAGUUAUUAUGUGCUACAGAUCUACAUUUACUUCUUGCAGUUGCACCUUCUAGAUAUAAUAAUGUAUUAGUCUUACAGAUACAUAAGGUAGGCUUUUUCCUGCUUACAUUUAAGGGACCUUUAGGAAUAUCAAUGACAAAUUCCUGUAGUUUAAUCACAAUUGGUGAUUGCAGAAUCUAUUGGUAGGUCACAGAAUGGUGGAGUCACGGGAAAUGUGGGUUUGAAACCACACAAAAAACCCACCUGUUCAGCCCCAAAUGGCAGACAGACAAAGUCAGCAACGCACAUUUUGAAGAAUGUAGCAGCCAAAGGGACAGAUAUUUCCCUCAGUUAUUGAAAGACCAAACAGAGUCAUCAUGCCAACUCUUCAACUAGUUGUCUCUGGGGCAACAGUGAUAUUUUGGAGGUCCUUGUGUAGCCAGCUGUAAUCCAUGUUAUGUAAUUCUGGACAGUGUUCCUGUUUGCUAGUCAUUACAGUCUGAUUAGCCAUGGCCGUAUCCACCAUUGAGGUCACCGAGGUCCGGACCUCGGUAAUUCUUUCCGAGCUGUGUAUAUAACAAAACUUGUGAAAUAAUUGCACUAAACGGGAUUCUUUGUAGUACUUCCAUUU